AUGGCCUACCUAUUAUUGCCGGACUCGGAGCAGCCAUGGUAUGGCCAGGAAGGCGCAUUCAGGAGUUCGAUGGUUCAUGUGGCAAUAAAGGAAGAUUCGAGUACUAGGUGCUCGCGAAUAUGGGAUCCGGUGAAUGCUCAAUUUGAGUCUUGUGUCCUUCCAUACAUCGCCAACAUUCCAGCACUACUGGCAAUAUGCAUUGUCCUCGGAUACCUAUUCAGACUUAUUCCGGGAAUAUCUCUUACACCAUGGUGGCUAAGUAGAUUUGUUCGAGAAGUCCCAGAACCUGUUGAUGAAUUGACGCCUAAACGCAGACGGAGCUUCACCGUCUUUUCUGGGAGCUUGCUUCUUGUUUCUAUUUUGGGACUUUCACUUCAAGUUUCAACAGCGUUAUUUCCUAGAUUUCAGCUUGAAUUAUUAGGUCUCGUCGCAUCAUGGAUAGCAUCGAUUAUUCUACUUGUUAUUCUACGACCAGCAGCUACACCGAAAGCCUUGCUUGGUCUAUACGUUAGUAUAUUUGUGUCUCAGUUCAUCAUUAUCGCCAAUGGAGCUUCAAGUCUCGACGCUUUUGACUGUCCAGCGACAGUUGUUUUCCUACUGGCUUUUGCGGCGAUAUGGAUCAUUCUUUGCAUGCCGCUCAGAGAUCCUAGCUUGCCUAGAUUUGCGAUAAGUCCUCCUUUUGGGGUUCCAACCGAAAAACUUCGUACUCCCGAAGAUUGCUUGACGCUUUGGCAAUUUAUGUCUGUCUCAUGGAUGGAGUCACUACUUAAGGUGGGAAAUUCGAGGCAACUCAAUGACGAUGAUGUUUGGUCGUUGGGGUACCAAUUUGACCACCAAACUUUGCACAGCAAAUUUCGGGAGCUCAAGGGUUCCGUAUUUAGGAAGCUCAUAGAGGCAAAUGGUCUUGAUCUUUUCAUUCUCUCUAUGCUCGGCAUCCUGGAAAUUGUGGGCUAUUUUUCGGUUCCGGUUCUUCUUCAAAAGCUCCUUCAGAGCAUGGAAGAUCAUCACUCGUUCAAACGACCGGCGUUCGUCUACACAUUACUGACUCUGCUCAUCCGACUGGUUGUAGCUCAAUCAGAGAAUUUCAGUGUGUGGUAUGGAAGGAGGGCCUAUGAAAGAUCUCGUGGGGAGCUAAUCACUAUGCUUUAUGAGAAGACACUCUCCAGGAAGAUGGUUAGCGUGAGUAGCAAAGCUCGUGAUGAAGGGCGAACGACCACAAACGGGAAAGUGGUGUCCAAGAGCUCGACAAUGGUUGAGAAAUUACUAGGUUUCUUUGGAAAGAAGGGCCAACCUGCCGAGACUCCGCAAGAGAACAGUGAAGGCAUCGAGAACACUGAGAUAAUGCCCGAGAAGUCGCUGGAGCUAGCAACAACAGGAAAGAUUAUGAAUCUGAUGCGAUUUGACGCGUACGAAGUUGCCCAGCGGUUCUGGGAAUUUGCUCAGUUGGUGACUACGCCUCUGAGUUCAAUCAUUGCCACUGUUCUCAUAUGGAGACUGAUAGGAUGGCCAUGUUUGCUUGGUGUGAUAACAAUAUUUGUGGCUCAAGGACUCAACGCGUGGAUUGCGCGAAUAUUGCUGAAGUGGGAGAGGAGACGCAGGGCGUCAACAGAUGCAAAGCUUCACAAGAUAAAUCAGCUUGUCGAGGCUAUUCGACAUCUUCGCUACUACGGCUGGCAAGAUGUAUGGUUGGCUCGGGUCAUGGAAGCGAGACAAGUGGAGUUGGGACUCAGAAUUGUCGCCGGACUUUGGCAGAUUCUGAUUGGCCUUGUGAAUACUCUAGCUAGUGGCUUGUUUCCAGUGGUUUCAUUCUAUGCUUACACAGUGUUAGCUGGCAAGCCUCUCAGGGUUGACAUUGCCUUCCCUGCGUUGCAGUUGUUUUCAAUGCUCGAGCACAAUCUUCAGGACAUUCCAAACCAAAUCACCGUUCUACUAAAUGCCAGGGUUUCCAUGGGUCGUAUCGAGGACUUCAUGAAGGAACCAGAUAUGGCGGAAGCGGAAGCUGUACAUGAAACCAGUUCAGACCUAGCCAUGCAUAAUGCUACAUUCGCUUGGCCUGGAGCAACGGAGCCAGUCUUGCGAGAAAUCACUUUAUUACUCCCGAAAGGGCUUACUGUUGUCUAUGGAGAGGUCGGUACGGGCAAAACUGCUUUGCUACAAGCCUUUCUUGGGGAGCUGGAUAAGUUGAGUGGAGAAUACGAACGCUCAAACAAUGUGAUUGCAUACUGUGGGCAGACACCUUGGCUUCAAUCCAUGAGCAUCAGAGAAAAUAUACUCUUUUCUUCGCCUUACGAAGAGGUACGCUAUAGACAUGCACUUGAUGUGUGUGCCCUACUUCCUGACAUGGCCAACUUUGACCAUGGUGACCUUUCUCUUGUUGGAGAGAAUGGCGUUGGGCUUUCAGGAGGUCAAAAGGCUCGAAUAUCGCUUGCGAGAGCUGUUUAUUCGCAAGCGAAGGUCCUGCUAUUGGACGACCCUCUUUCUGCCUUGGAUCACCACACCGCAGAAUCUAUUGUGCGAAAAUGCAUAUCAGGCCCUCUUCUCAAGGACAAAACUGUCGUUCUUGUUACACACAGAACCGACUUGGUUCUCCCUAUUGCAGAUCAAGUAGUUGAAAUCUGUAAUGGCCGGGCUGAAACAAUUGAACGCGACUCUCUUAACAUCCUACAAAAAGUUCACUCACACGACUCUGCCAACGAAGAUUCCCAUGUCGAUGAAGACAAACCUACGACUAUUCCCGCUAAGUUCCUUGAGGACGAACAUCGUGAACAUGGUGGUGUCAAAGCAUCUAUCUAUUGGGAAUACGUCAAGGCUGGCAAGCUACGCUGGUGGUUUAUUCUCUUCAUUUCGAUGCUCUUUUAUCGUCUGACGGAUGUAUCCAAAACUUGGUUCCUAAAGACAUGGGGAGAAGCAUAUGACGAGGUGGAAGAAACUUCUGGGGGCCCGCUGAGUGGAUUACCCCAUCCCGAAAGAGAUAUUAAGCCGUGGCUCGUAGGGUUUCUCGUGCUUGCCAUUGCCCAAGCUGUUGCGGAUUUGUCUAACCGGAUUUUUAUGCUAGUAAUCUCCUAUCAAGCCGGGAAGAACAUGUUCGAGCGCGUAAUCACCCGUGUUACCCACGCAAAGUUUCGCUUUUAUGACGUUACUCCUGUUGGCAGAUUGAUGAACCGGUUGACGUCUGAUAUCAACACGAUCGAUGGUAAUAUUAGUGGUCAAUUGUCUUAUAUGGCAAAUCUCGCGACUGCUUGGGUAUCAUCAGUCAUUGUCAUUGGCUCCGUCACACCACUUUUUCUGAUUUUUGCCGUUCUACUUACCAUAAGUUUCGUCGCGAUAUUCUCACAUUUCCUACCGACGUCACAGAGUCUUCGUCGACUAGAGAUGGUAUCACUCAGUCCACUCAUAUCCAACUUUGGCGAACUCACUACAGGCCUAACGAGUAUCCGAGCUUUCAAAGUCUCCUAUCUUUUCCAACAAAGGGUCAUCAAAGUCACAGAUAACUUCCAAAAAAUGGAUCAUUUUUAUUGGAGUCUACAAUCGUGGUUGAUGUGGAGAUUUGAUAUUUUGUCCGCAAUCUCGACUUUUCUUUUAACUUCGUUAGCCCUUAUCACAGGGCUCUCGCCAGGUCUUACAGCUUUCGUCCUAACUGCUGCUUCAAAAUUUGUUUGGUCAACACAUAAAAUGUGUCGGCGGUAUGGCCAACUUCAGAUGGAUUUUGUUUCCGUUGAGCGAGUGGUUGAGAUGAUGCGCCUGGAUCAAGAGCCGCCAGGAAAAGUGCAGCCACCUGCUUACUGGCCAUCGUACGACGGUGACAUUAUCUUUGAAAAUGUCACAAUUCGGUACGCACCACAUCUGGAGCCAUCUUUGACUGAUGUGUCACUUAAGAUUAAAGGGGGAAGCACAACUGCUCUAAUAGGUCGGACGGCGUCAGGGAAAAGUACUCUCGCUCUUUCAUUACUAGCGACUACACUGCCAUCUACUGGGCGGAUAAUCAUCGAUGGCAUCGAUAUCUCAACAGUAGAUACCCAAGCACUGCGGAAGCGGGUCACAUUUCUAGCCCAGGAGCCAGUUCUUUUCCCUGGUAGCAUGCGGGUCAAUCUCGAUCCUCUCGACGAGUACAGCGAUUCCGAAUGCAUAUGGGUUUUGGACAAGAUUGCUUCCCGCCAUCAAUGGAGUCUUGACACUCAUGUUGAUACCGGUGGUCGUAACCUGAGUCAGGGUCAGAGACAACUUGUUGGGCUUGCAAGAGCGAUGCUGAGGAGGAGUCCUAUUAUUAUCAUGGAUGAAGCGACAGCAAGUAUAGAUAUGGAAACAGCGAUGCGGAUACAAAAGAUACUGCGGGAGGAAAUGAAAGAUAGUACGGUCAUCACGAUUGCACAUCGCGUUGAUGCCGUCAAGGGUGCUGAUCAUUGUGUGGUCCUUAGUAAAGGAAGAAUUAUAAAGAGCGGCGGCGUGGAUGAGAAUGUGGAGGAGCUUUUAGGGUAA